AGGUGUUACCCAUUCUACACUGAGAGUUGUCUCAGAAGAUGGAGUCACCUUCAGCACAUGUGAGCUCCCUGCCAGAGAAUGAGGAGCUACAGCCCUGGGGAGGCUCUGGAGGCCCUAAUCAACACCCAGGAAGACCAAGGUCAACAGAGUGUGCCCAUCCUGGGGUUGUGGAGAAGGUGCGGCCAAAGUGGGACAACCCCCUGCAGUUCUUACUCACCUGUGUCUCCUAUGCUGUGGGCCUGGGCAAUGUAUGGCGCUUCCCCUACCUGUGCCAGAUGUAUGGCGGAGGCAGUUUCCUGGUCCCCUACAUCAUCAUGCUCAUUGUGGAGGGGAUGCCACUCUUGUACCUGGAGCUGGCCGUGGGGCAGCGCAUGCAGCAGGGCAGCAUUGGUGCCUGGAGGACCAUCAGUCCUUACCUCAGUGGUGUGGGCAUUGCUAGCUUGGUGGUAUCGUUUUUGGUCUCUGUGUACUACAAUGUCAUCAAUUCCUGGGCUCUCUGGUACCUCUUCCACUCUUUCCAGGAUCCCCUGCCGUGGUCUGUCUGCCCACUGAAUAGUAACCACACAGGCUACGAUGAGGAAUGUGAGAAGGCUUCAUCGACGCAGUACUUCUGGUACAGGAAAACACUCAACAUCUCACCAUCCAUCCAGGAAAAUGGAGGAGUGCAGUGGGAGCCAGCGCUGUGCCUCAUCCUGGCCUGGCUGAUGGUCUAUCUAUGCAUCCUGCGGGGCACUGAGUCAACUGGCAAGGUGGUCUAUUUCACCGCAUCAAUGCCACUCUUUGUGCUCAUCAUCUACCUAGUCCGGGGCCUCACACUCCACGGAGCCACCAAUGGCCUGGCAUACAUGUUCACACCCAAGAUUGAGCAGCUAGCCAACCCCAAGGCCUGGAUCAAUGCAGCCACGCAGAUCUUCUUCUCACUGGGCUUAGGGUGUGGUGGCCUGAUUGCUUUUGCCAGCUACAAUGAGCCCUCCAACGACUGCCAGAAGGAUACCCUCAUUGUGUCUGUCAUCAAUACUACUUCCGCCAUAUUUGCCAGCAUUGUCACCUUCUCCAUCUAUGGCUUCAAGGCCACUUUCAACUAUGAAAACUGCUUGAACAAGGUGAUUCUGCUGCUGACCAAUUCUUUUGACCUUGAAGAUGGCUUUCUGACAGCCAGCAACCUGGAGGAGGUGAAGGACUACCUGGCAUCUACUUACCCAAACAAGUACAGUGAAGUGUUCCCACACAUAAGAAACUGCAGCUUAGAAUCAGAGCUGAACACGGCUGUCCAGGGCACAGGCCUGGCCUUCAUCGUCUACACUGAGGCCAUUAAAAACAUGGAAGUGUCCCAGCUCUGGUCAGUGCUCUACUUCAUCAUGCUGCUUACACUGGGUAUGGGAAGCAUGGUGGGGUCAGGAACAGCCAUCCUCACCUGUCUGACUGACAGCAAGGUCAUCUCCAGCUACCUGCCCAAGGAGGCCAUUUCAGGCCUGGUGUGUCUCAUCAACUGUGCCAUUGGCAUGGUGUUCACCAUGGAGGCUGGGAACUACUGGUUUGACAUAUUCAAUGACUAUGCAGCCACACUGUCCCUGCUGUUCAUUGUGCUGGUGGAGAUCAUAGCUGUGUGCUAUGUGUAUGGGCUAAAGAGAUUUGAAAGUGACCUGCAGGCCAUGACUGGCUGCACCCUCAACUGGUACUGGAAGGUCAUGUGGGCAUUUGUGAGUCCACUGCUCAUCAUCGGCCUCUUUAUCUUCUACCUGAGUGACUACAUCCUCACAGGAACGCUGCAGUACCAAGCCUGGGACGCUACUCAGGGCCAUGUGGUGAUUAAGGAUUACCCUACAUAUGCACUAGCUGUUAUUGGGCUUCUGGUAGCCUCCUCUACCAUGUGCAUCCCUCUGGUAGCCCUGGGAACUUUGGUCACACGCCACUUCAAGAGCAGAAAAGAGUUUCCUGUGGCCUGAGAACGGAGGGUCCGGCAGACUUCCUGUCAGCCACUCCCUGUUUCACAGCUACUCCCUAUACAUUCAGCAGUGGAAGUUCUACAACUGCUUUUUAAAGUCACAUGUAUUUUCUGCUUCCUGAAUCUGCAAAGAAUAUUUAAUUCUCUGUAUUAAAUUGUAGGCUGACAGAAACCUAACUGACCAUAAAUACUUAGGCUUUUACUCUUUUGUUUUUAAGACAAGGUUUCCCUGUGUGGCCCUGGCUGUCCUGGAACUCACUCUUUAGAUCAGACUGACCUUGAACUCCGAUCUACCUGCAUCCCAAAUGCUGGGAAUAAAGGUGUGUACCACUACCUCCCAGCAACUUUGACUCUUUCUCUUCCAUAAUGUAUAUACUUUUGUUGCUAGAAUUUAUACCCUUUUGUAUUAUAUAUUCAGCUCAUAAUAGAUAUAAUUUUUGAUCAUUUUGACCUUUAGCUUUUAUUCUUUACAUACCACCAUUACAGUCAUGAUAGACCACAAACUUACCUCUAACAUUGCUUUUUUGGUUGAGGCAGUCUUGGUAUAUAUGGACCCAGGUGCUAGGCUAGAAUCUGUGACCUUCUAGCCACAACAGGUCACGUACCACCAGGCCAGGUAUAUAUUUUUUAUAACAGUAAUUCUUCUUGUUUGAACCAUUCCUUUGCAGAGACAAUGCCAGCCUGGGUUCAAACACAUUCUUACUUGACCCCUCCAGUAUUUCUUGAAAGGUAUUUUAAUGAUUUUUUUCUCUUUUUCUUGUCUAGCAAAGUGUUUUACUUCAUCACUGAAGUGAAACUUUACAGCAUAUUAUAUUCUUGACUGGCAGGUUUCUUUCUUUUAGCAGUUUGAAUGUACUGAUAAAUCUAUUUGUUAUAAUCUAAUGAUAUCCCUUUAUAUGUGACUAGACUCUUGCUUGUAGAGAAGGAGCUAUAGAUCAAACAAUACAAAAAACAGAAGUGUAGGAUGAAAACUUGGAGUGCUAGAUGCAACACAAUAAACUGCAUUAGGACUUUUUUUUUUUAACUAAAUCUGAUUUUGCUGUUAACAAAAACGGUGUGGGAUGAUGUAUUAAUCUGCUCUGGUGUACUACACAUUUACUACGUAUCCUCUCAUAACUAUGCUGUGAACCUCAAAUACAUUUUAUUAAAGUGUGAGGACCACUUUCCUCCCAGAGCCAGCCUGAGGGUUAUG